CAUUGACCAAUAAAGAUACAGUCAAUGAAAUAAGCAACCCAAAACUAUUCCCUAAGAAGAAGAAAUAUUAGCAAUCAUUUGUGGGCAAAGCUUACACAUAAUCUAGCAAAAUUUUGCUACUUAGAGAAACAAAUUCAUCUUGUUUAUUUAGCUAUCCGGGUUGACUGGUAACAAAGUCCCUGUAGAGCUGGAAACAGAGAACAACAUGGACUGUAGUUGCUAAUAGGUUUUGUUGUUAGGGGACAGUUUUGUGGUGCUCAUUUUAUUGAUUGCAUUUUUAUUGGUUAAAGACCAAAAUAUAACUUUUGUCUUUUAUUGCAUUUCAGUACACUAUAAAGUUCUGUUUUGCCCCACCCAGUGCUUAGUGUACACAGUAUUUAUGGAAUAAUUGUAUCUCUUCACUAGAAAUAUAUGCAUCUUGUGUUAAGCAAAUAGUUGCCAAGGUAUAGAUGGCUAUUUUGAGACUUUCCAAUUUCUCUCCUCCUGGUGGGGGCACGGGGAAACAAAAUAGGUAAAGCUGAUGUUAGAAACUGGAGUGUAAUUUAACUAUUGUGCUCACUGAGUCUUGAAGGAGUUUAAUGUGUUGGGAAGAAAAGUUUUAAAAAAACUUAAUAUGUAAAGUGGCUGCUUUUAAAUUUGAUGCAUGAAUGUGUUUCCCCUCCCAGGAAAGGCCAUUUUGGGGCCUCUACUAUCAACCACUUCAAAGAAAAAUGCGAGACAGUCAUAGUACUUGUGUUCCUCCUGCAGUCACUGCUGUAGUGAAGCCAGGGAACGCACGACAACGCGGCACGCAGGGUGCUUUGGCUUCUGGUGGUUCUACACAGGGGCUUGAGAGGGAACUUUCCACAACAGCCUUGAAAAUUUCGCGGCAGCCAUUUUUUCUGCUACGCAGAGAAGAACAAGAAGCAUUCUUCAAUCUCCUAGAAGAUGGCUUGGUACAAGACUUCCUGUCUAUGGACACGUGUUACAGAAUCUCAGAUAAGUAUCUUAUCGCCAUGACUAUGAUGUACUUCAAACGAGCCGGCCUCCAUACCAAAGAAUAUACACGGAUCAAUCUCUUCAUAGCUCUGUACUUAGCCAAUGACAUGGAAGAAGACACAGAAGACUAUAAAUAUGAAAUCUUCCCCUGGGCACUUGGUGACAACUGGAGGAAGCUAUUUCCAGAUUUCUUAAAAAUGAGAGAUGGUUUUUGGGCUAAAAUGAAGUACAGGGCGUUCGUUAGCCGGAGAUGUUGUGAUGAGAUAAUGCUGAGAGACCCCUCGCACUGGGCCUGGUCCCGUGAACGAGCGUCUCACCACAGCGGGGCGCUGAGAAGUUACCUGAAGAAUGAAAACGACUUCUUCCCCAGAGGGCCUGGCCUUACACCCCCCAUGUGCCUUCUCUGCGUUUGGGACGUGGAAGAAAAGGAGGCUCAGAUCAGCCCCCCUGCCAAUGACCUCUUGUCCUCAGAAGCGUUGAACGGAGAUUUGGAAAGCUGUCCUUUCCUAGUGUUGGAUUCAGAGACUAACUACACUAUGAUGCAAAUCUUACAGGGACCCACCAUGGAGACAGAUGGAACAGAGAAAGUUUGGCAGUUCUUGGCAUAAUGGCUGAUGGCUGAAGACCCCCUCUGCACACCAGAUUUCCCCCCCCCAUCGGAGUAGUAGUAUUCUUGGAUGUCCUUCCUCUUCCAUCUACAUCUGCGGCAAACUAUUUAUAAGCACUUUAUCUUCCUGUUCGUAGAGAGGACACUCAGCAAUACUUAACAUAUUUGUAUAUAUAUUAAAAACUAUGAAUUGUGACUUGUACAGUGCCAAAGUGUGCCGGUUGGACAGACUCUUAAUAAAGACAUCUAGGAGAACAGGCUGGCAUGGAUAUAUUUUCAAGCUUUUUAUGACAUUUUACUCUGGUUCGUUUGUUUAUUUGUAGAAUUACAAGCUUUUUAUUAAACUGCUGUUUUAGCCCAAAGGCAUCUGGAAUAAUUUCCAGAGCUAUUAAAAAGUGACACUCCCUGUGCCCAGAUAUUCAGACACAAGGGCAAAAAGAGGAAGAGAAAAUUUGAACAAUUUCUAGUUUGUUACUGGUGCAGUCCUUGCCAUUGAUGUUUAUGGUGGGAAUUUUGGGGUGGCCCAGAGCAAAGUGAGAACUUUAAAGAUUUAAAGCCAUUUCUCUCUAUUAGCGGUAUCCUAAUGCAAUGGCUAUGAGAUUUCCAACUCACUUUUUUUUUGUACCUCGUUGGCCCUUCAGCCAGCUAAUGAAAUAUUAGAAACCUAAAGUCAAAUAAAUGGAAAGGCAGGGAUAAAAAUGGUAAUGGACACCUUCCUGUUAACUAUAUUAAUAUAACAACAGAUAGGUCUGAAAAAUCCGAAUGAGAACACUUGUACUUGCUGGAAGUUUCUGAAACAGAGAGCUGGCAAGGAUAUCCUAUUUUUAUUUAUCAAAUUCAGAAACCACCCAUCUCACUCUUAACUCCUUCACUUUUCUUCUCCCCGGUACAAAUAUGCUUUCUUUGAAGCAAAACUGCAAGGUUAAAAAAAAUGAACAUUUUGGGGGAAACGUUCUCUCUUUUUUUUAAGAAUAUGGUCUAUCAUCCAGGAUUCUAGGCCCUAGCAACAAUUUUAAAUUGACUAGAGAGUGAAUUGGAGCUGGCAUAAUAAGGCAGAUUUCUCAGCCUUGGCAAAUCAGCUGGUUUUGCCCUGCGUUUGCAUUUUAGCUAGCCUGUGUGCAAAACCUGAACAUAAACCAUGGCUAGCCAUGGGCAAACAUACUAUAGAAAGCCAGGAUACAACAAAAGUCCAUGUUCUAACAGCUGGGUAGUGUCGACUACUUUGCCCCAACCUCAACCAUUUUAAAAGUAUCUUUUCUUUCUCCCCACAACGUAUAUCAAUAUGAUGGUUCGGACAAUGGUGGUCUGAAUCCAGACAGCGGCAUAUUAACUAGUGUCACAGAUUAGUUUGAUUUAGCGAUGAAACCAGGAAGCUAGAAAUAGGAAGAUUAUGAGUACUUGUUCCAUUUUGGUCAUGGAAUCACCAGGAGAUGGUGAGUUCUAGUCCUGCCUUAGGCAUGAAAGCUAGCAGG